CACCCUGUCAUCCUCAGACCACGAAUUGCUAACCAGUAUAAAGCUCAAAUCGAUGGCAAUUCCAAUCGCAAGAGUCCCAUGGCACCUUUCAGUUCCAAACAACUUGCAGCUCUCUGGCCGCUUCCUGGCCCGCAGUUGACGGUCGAAACACCGUCGCGGUAUCCUGGUAGCACGGCAGAGACGACGAAGCUUGUCCGCAAGUACCUCCAGAAAGAUUUUGAGCAGCAUCAUGGAUUCUUCAAUUACUGGGGCGCGCACAACCACACACCAUUCCAUCUCCUCGUCCAGUGGUCGCUCGGCGGCACCGUUGAUCAAAUCGAAGCGAUCUGGGAGCAACAUGUUGCCCAAGAGCGCGGUCUCGGCCAUUCUCCACAACCCAUCACCACCAAAAACUUCUCCAAGCAUCUCGGUGACCAAGACUACUACCAAGGCUACCAGUACUUCUUUGCCGACCUCCUCCUCAAACAUUCUCCCAACCAAGUACUCGAAGAUUGGAUAUUCUCACCCCAGGCCAACUAUGGUGGGGAUAAACCUGACAUGCUGAAUCGACUGUUUGCGGGAAUCUUGCAUCCGAUGCUUUAUCUCGGUUAUGGACUCGAGUUCAGUCUGCCUGGUCUCAUGGCCGAAGGACUUGCACAAGCAUGUGUUCAUGGCAUGUCAUCGUCUGUCCUCGUUCCGAAAAGUAUGUUCAAGACAAACGGAGGUGACACACAUGCCUUCACCAUCGUCGCACGUAUUUUGGCCGAUGAUAAAUUCCGCUCUUUUUCUGGCAACUUCAACGACGUUAUGACGCAGCUCGGGACCGAACUGCAAGAAUAUGCAGCUGAAUGGGGUGUUGACGGGUCCGACCCCAAGGACGUGUCGGCCAAGGUCAAGGAGUUGUGCUUUAUGAACACAAUGUUCUAUGUUGUUGGUGGCUGGCGCGAUGGAGAGGGCUUCCACAAAGCGGAUUUCACACUAUUGCACCUUGUCACCAGCGCAAUGACUGUCUGCUCCUACAUCGCGGUCAUUGAAUCCCCCGAGCACAAAUCACUCUUCUUGCGUGCUUACUUCAUCCGAUCAUUGGCGUACUUCGUCGCCCAGGGUCUUCCAGACCUCCCUCUCAACUCGUUCUUCUCUGCAGACAUUCUUACCGAGUUCCCCGACGCAGAGCCUGACCCAUCCGAAACUGCUUACCCCGACGCAAGUAUCCCCAACUUGUGGUUCAAGGUCAUCCAAUCGUCACUUGUCCAUCCCGAUGAUCAUCUUUCAAAAACACAACGUACAUUGGCGCAUUUCGGCUCGCUUUGGAGCACUGUGCCUGCUGGGGAGUUUGAGGACACUGAGUUGGACGAUAGUAGCAUGAUCGAUGGUACUCUCUUUGUGCGCGCUGCAGCGUUGACGAUGGAGUGGAUGGGCCGUAUCCGUGAGGGAGAGCCGGCUAGGUUGUGGGCUAAUGACCCCAAUUUCCCUGAAUCUGAUCUCAAUGAUUGA